AUGAAUAAGAGAAAAGGGGAAGUGUGGCUUUUCCUUUUUAUAACAUUCUUGGUAGUUCUUUUAAAUAAUUUUAAGAGGUCUUAUGAAAAAGAUAAUGAAAGGAAUCUUAGUGAAAUAACAAAAGAUGAAAUAAAAUAUGAGGGAUGUAAAAAGUUAGUACCUUUUUAUUUAAAUACCCCAGAGUAUUAUAAUAUAUCUAAUGAAAUAAAUAUAUCAAAUAAUUAUUCAAUAAAAUUAGAUAUAACAUAUAUAUAUUUUGAAUAUAUAAAUCGUGAUUUUUAUGUAAAUUUAAAAUUGUAUAGUAAACAUGUUGAUAAAGUUGAAUUAUAUGAAUAUGUCGAUAAUAAAGGUGUAUUAUUAUUUGAUGAGAAUGAGGAAGACAAUUUAAUAAAAUAUUUAUUUUAUGUACAAAAUGAUAAGAAUAAUAAAUAUGAAAAUGAAAAAAAACGCAUUUUUUAUUUUAUUAUACAUUCAAAUAAAAUAGAAACAAUUAGUGAAUGUGUUGAUAUAAGAUUAGAUCUAGGGAUAGGACCAAUUGUUUUGAAAAAUGUAGAAAAGAAAAACUUAGUUGGAAGUGUUUAUAAUGAAGAAAAAAUAAAAAAAGAUAAAAAAAUAGAGCAUGAUAAUGGUUAUAUAGUAGUUAAAGAAAAUUAUCGUUAUGCACCAAAUGGAUAUUUUAAUUUCUCUUUAAAAAAUAAUAAAGAUUUUAAUAUUGAUGAGAAUGGUAAAAAAUAUAUAAUCGUAUAUAAUGUUAUAAUUAUUCUCGAAUUUAAUCAAGAGAAUAAUAUAAAAUUUUUUUCACUUUUAUCCCAAGAAAAAAAUAAAUGGAAUAAUUUUUCUAUGCAAUUAAAGAAAAUAAAAUUAAAUAAAAAUUAUUUACAUAAUAUGAAUAUGGAAUAUAUAAUAAAACAUGCAAACAGUGACAUGAAUUGUGAUGAUAUGUGUGUAAAAAGUGAAGAAGGAAAAAAUGGAGUAAUAUUUUUAAAUGCCUUACUAAGCAAUAAAUAUAUUUACAAUUUUCAAAUACGAUAUGCUGAAAAUGGGGAGGAAAAUGAUAAGGAUGUUGGUAGGAACCAAGGGGCUACAAAAAAAGUUCUGAAUCAAAGUAGUGUAAUAAAUUUUAAUUUUGAAUAUAAUAUAGUUAAUAAUUUUGAUAAGUUUACAAUUUUAGAUUAUUUACGAACCCAUUUUAAUCAUGAAAAUAUUCAAAAUACAUUUUUUUUUGACAAAAUAAUUCAAACAAAAGAUAAUAAUAAAAAUAGUAUACUACCAGCAAUUGGCUUAAAUAAAGAAUGUGUAGAGGGGAAUAAAAAGGAAUGUAAUAAAUAUGAGGUAGAUAAUAAUUAUAUAAUUUAUGGAAAUACUAUUGAAAUAAAUGACAAUUUUAUUUUAAAUUUUGAUCCUAAUAAUUUAUUUAAAGAAGAAGAAAAAGUAAGUAUAAUAAUUGAAGAAGAAUCUUUUUUUAAUUUUAUGUUAGAAACAAAAUCAGAAAAUGUUUUUGUAAAUUUAUUGAAAAAGGAUUCUAGUGAAACUGUAUGUAAUACUUAUUAUUUAGAUAAAAUGAAGGAUUAUAAUUUAUUUAGUUACUUAACUAAGGGUGAGAAAAUAAUUUUAAAAUAUGAUAAAACUAAUUUUAGUAGACAUAGUAUAAAAAAUCUUUCAAAGAAAAUUAUAAUAUAUAUAAGAUGUAUUAUUCCGAAAGGGGAAUAUGAUUUAAAAAUAAAUUUUGAAGGAUAUAAUAAAAGUUUUGAGACAAAUAAUAUUAAUUUAAUAAUUCAGCCAUUAGGUGUAUAUGAAAAUAUGCAUUCAUGUGGUAGUAAAAUGAAUUCAAUAACAGAUAUGUUUUAUUAUAAUCUUCGAACAGAAAGUUCGGAUAAAAAAAAUGAGAGUAGUGUAGUGUCAUAUAAAAACAUUUAUGAAAAAAUGUGGGAAUUAAAUAAUCCAAUUUUUAAUGAUUUUGAUUUUAUAAUAUUAUAUGAGAAUGAGAUAUAUGAAAAGGUAGAUAACAUAAUAGUUACUAUAAAUAAUUCAAUAUUUUCUGAUAUAUUUAUUAUAAUUUUAGAGACAAUAAAAGAUGAAACACAUUAUUAUGUAUAUAAAAAUUCAAGGGAAGUAAUGGAAUAUGAAAUUCAAAAUAAGAUCAAUAACAAAAUAAGUAUAUAUGUAUUAACACCAAGCUUACAUUAUAGUGGUAAAAAGAUAUGUGGAUUUUUUUUUGUUGAUAUAGAUUUUAUACAAAGUGAAAAUAAAAAAGAAUUUAUUGGAGAAGUAUCAUUAUUUAAUAUGCAUGAAGGGAAUAAAAGUUAUAUUGGGAAGGUUAGUCAUAUUCCAUAUUUAAUAAUAGGAUAUGAUACAUAUAAUUUUAGCCAAUUUUGUUAUAUACCAGAUACUAAAGAACAUGUACUUGUAAUUUUUAUUGAAAAAGAAUCUAUAAUAAAAAUAAAUUGUUUUAUGGAAAAUUAUGUAUAUAUAGAACUAUAUGAAAGAAAACAUGUUGGUGGUGAAAUAAAAAAAGUUAAAUUAUUUGAAGAAUAUCAACAAGCAUAUAUUGAAUCCUUUACUAAGGGUGAAUAUGAAAUUGUGUUUAAAUUUAAUGUACAAAAUGAUAGAGAGAUGAGUAAUUUUUUUUACUUACAAAUAUAUAUAUAUCAAAUAAAUUUAUUAGAUAAAUGUGUAUUUCAUAUUGAAGAUAAUUUUAGUGAAAUAACAGAAGGAUCAAAUUCUAUAUAUGACUUAAAUAGUGUUGAAAAAAAAAUAAAAAAAAAUAAUAAUAAUAAAAAUAGUAAUAAAGAAAUUGGAUAUUUUAAUGAUAAAAAUGGUUUUAUAUUUGAAAAUGAUUUGUCUUAUUAUUUUUUUAAGAGAUAUUUACUUUUUCUUUUUCCAAAAGAAGGAAAUAAAAAAAUUGAAAAAAAAAUAAUUUUACCUGAGAUGGGUAAUAUGAAUAGUUCAGGAUUUAUAUUAAAAGCUGAGUUAGUAUUUCAUAAAAAUUUUUUACCUUAUAAAUUAUCUUUACAAGAAGAAGGAGAAAAUAUGUUAGUUCACGAAAGUAAUAUAUACAAAAACAAAGUUAUAACAACCCUUAACAUUUUAAAUAAAGAUAUAAAAUAUGUAAAAUUAUAUAUAUAUUUAUAUGAUAAUGUACAUGAAAAUAUAAAUGAAAAAUAUUGCCCAUAUGCUUAUUUAAAUAUUAUUUACACACGCGAAUUAGAGGGAUAUAAUAAAGCUGAGAACGAGGCAUAUCAAUAUGGUACUAUGAAUUUGCCUCUUCUUUUGAACAACAUACUAUUGAAGAGGUAUACUGAUUCGGAAGUGGCAAAAGUGGGAGAAAUAAGAGAAGUUAGAGAAGUUGGAAAGGUUGAAAAUGAAAAGUUGAGGAGUGGUAGUGAUAAAAAUGGCGGAGAAGUGACUCCAUUUCAUGAGAAAAAUGGAAUAUCUAUCAACAAUCAGAGAAUAGAAUACAAAUUUAUUACUAGUAAUAAUAAUAUAACAUUUUUUGUGGCGGAAAAGGAUGUUUUUUUAAAUAUGUACAUUUAUAAAGAUGGUAAAGAAGGUAUUACGCUAAGCAUUUAUAAAUAUAAAGAUAUGGGAAAAUUCGAAAAAAGUGAAAUAUUACCAUACGAUGAAAUAAAUAAAGAUAUAGAGUCAUGUUGUGAAGAAGUAGGUUCGUAUUCUAAAACUGAUAAUAUAUAUAUAUCAAGAUAUUUUGAAAAAGGUUUAUAUAUAUUUAAAUAUUCUGAAAGUUUGUCAUAUAUAAAUAUGGUUAUGAGUAUGAUGUGGGUUGAAGGUCCAAAUAUUAGUGGUGUAGUUGACACUUCAAAGAAAAAUAAUAAAUAUGAAAUUAAUAAUUAUAUUGAAGAAAAGGAAUCAAAAUUUUAUUUUAGUAAAGAAUUAAAAUGUAAUGAGAAAAAAGAAAUAUUUUAUGAAGACAAAAAUUUGAAAGAUUUCGAAAAAUUUUUUAUACAAAAUGUGUUUGAUAAAAAUAUGUAUACAAUUUAUUAUGGAAGUAAAAAAAAUGAAAUAACAUUUUCUAACCAAUCUAAGAAUAUAGUAAUAUAUGAAAGGGUACAUAUAUGUUUUGGAAAUGAAAUAUUUAAUAAUAAAAUUAUUAACAAUUCAGGUAAUAUUGAAGAAAAUGAAAAGGAAGAGUCUCAUAUUAUUUUAAAUAUAAAUGUAGAGAAAGAAUGUCAAUUGUAUGUAGAAAUAAAACCACAUUAUUAUUAUUUUAUAUAUCCAUUUGAAAUAAAUAUAUUAUCAAAAGGUUCAUAUUUUAAAGUGUCUAGUGAAAAUAAAAAUUAUGUAUAUGCAAAUGUUGAACAGGGGGAAUAUAAAAUAGAGAUUUCUUUCAAAAUGAAGAAUGAUGGAAAAAAUGAAGUAAACAAAAUUCAUGGGUCAAUAUUUGAUGUUAUAGUAUUUAUAAAUAAUAUUUCAAAUGAAAAUAAAUUAAAGAAUAUUGAUUUGUUAGAUAAAGAAAAUAAAAAGAUGGUACCAUUAAAAAGUGAGACAUAUAAUAUGAAUAAAUUGUAUAGCCGAAAUGUUUAUAAAAAUAUAUUCAACAAAGUUAAUCUUAAAAAUUUAAAUGAAAAUGGAAUUGUAGUAAAUGAAAAUAUGAUUACACAUAAAUAUGAUUAUAAUAAUUUUUUUUGUUAUGAUAAAUAUAUUAUAAAAAAUAAUCAAGAAAUAUUUUUUACAUUAAUGGAUAAUACUCCUUACAUUUUGAAGGUAUAUUUGGCACCAAUCUAUGAGCUAAGUGAAAAUAGCAACUUGGGAAAGGGUGAAAGUAGUGAGAAGAAUGGUGAAUCUUCAUUUCUUUAUAAACCCUCUAAUAAUUAUUUAGAUUACACUUUAAAUGUUCGAAAUGUAUUUAAUAUUGAGGUGUUGGAAAAUAAUGUGAAUAAUAGUUAUGCCCCUGAAAAGAUAAUUAAAGAGAAAAAAUUAAAAAAUAAAAUAACUGAAAAAAAAACAUCAGACUCAAAUAUAUUAUAUGCAAAUGAAGAUAAUGAAUAUAUAUUAAAUGUGUAUGAGGUUAGUAAAAAUUUUAAGUUGGUUAUUAAAAAUUAUAAUAAUAUAGAAAAUAAUGAAAAUCAUGUUGAAUUAAUUUUAAGUUUAGUUCCUUUAAGAUAUUAUAAAAUGAUUGUGAAUCAAAAAUAUAGCGAUGAAUAUAUUGGAGGUUAUUUUAAAAAUAUUUUUAAUACAAUAUCUGGUAAAACAAAUUUAUAUAGUGGUAUAAUUUUUGAGAAGCAAGAAAAUUCUACUCAUCUUUGCACACGUGUAGAAACUUCAGUGAUAUAUUUAAAAAAUAUUAUCAUGGAGGAAUUAUUUUCUUUCCCUUUGCAUAUUAAGAAGGGUAGCUACAUUAAGUUGAACAUUGGCUAUGACUUUUCGAGAGUUAACUUUGAUGUUAAAAUUAUGAGAAAUAAUAAGAAGGUCUCAAAUAGUAAUAAAAUUCGAGGAAAUAUGGAUGAUGGAAAUAUAAAUAUUUUUGAAAAUAUUAGUUUAUUUUUAGAAGAAGGAGAGUAUACAUUUCAAAUAAUUUUUUACAAUUUAACUGAUAACUAUAUUCAUAUAAAUAAGAAUAUGAGUUUUCCCUUUUAUUUUUCAUUUGAAAUAUUUGAGUUUGCUGAAAAUAAAAAUGACACAUCAGUGUUACUGGAUGUGUAUCCCCACAAUUCAGUGCAUAUAAACAAAGCUUACCCUUUUAAUAUUGAUCUUAUUUUUUGGUCCGAAGGAAGUAAAGAGAAACACGCCUUUAUGGAAGAUGGCAUGAAAAAGGUAGCAUAUUUAAGAGUUGGUGAAAUAAUAAAAUCUGGAAAAAUAGAAAUUCAUAAAAAUUAUUUAUUACCAGAAGAUAUGAAUAAUUUUAAAAAUAAUAUGGUUUUAAAAUUUGAUUUAAAAGAUAAUGUUUAUAUAAUAAAUGAAAAUGAUAAUAAAAAGAAUAAAUAUCUUUUUACUUUUUUAAAUAAUGAUAUAAAACAAAAUGAAGUAGCUAUCGAAAUGAGUAAUAAAGAAGUUAGUAGUCAAGAACAGCUUAAACAAAUUCAUAGUGAAAGUACAAAUAAAUCAAUUUUAUUGGAAUAUAAAAAAGAGGACUCUGUAAAAGUAGAAGAAAAGGAUAGUUCUCUUUCUCAUGAUGCAAACCAAGACAUGUUUUAUGAUAUAGAUAAGGCUAUCAAGAAUUAUCGGUCUAGAAAAAAUGAAGAAUCGAAGGAAAGCACAUCAUCUAUUUUUAGUAAACCCUUUUCAGAAUCAGAUAAUAAAUCAUGUAUAUAUAUACCUAUAUUUUCAAUAGAGAUAUUUUGUUUUGAAAAAAAUAAUUUAUUAUAUUUUAUAUUCAUUUUGUUUAUUUUUUUUAUGACUAGUGCAUUUAUAUUUUUACUAAUAAAAUUUUAUAAAAAUUGGAAGUAUUAUAGAAAUUAUGAUAUUUUCAAAGAAUAUGAUGAAACAGUUGGUCUUUUUGAUGAUGAUAUAUAA